AUGGCGACUCUUCCCACGCGAUAUCGAUCGUCGACCUCGGCGUCAGCUACGGCGAGCCCGAACCCGAAAUACAUACAAGUCUUGCAGACGCUGCUCGAUGAUCUUGGCCACCAACAGACCUCUCGAAACGACGAUGGCUACCCCGAAAUCCCCAAGCUUGUCAAGGGCCUGCGAAACGUGGCCCAGUUGAUAGCUUCCACUCCUACAGCUUCAAACCAAGAUGCCUUUCGACAUGCCGGCGGCUUUGAAUGCAUCCUCGAUGUCCUCCGCAGCUUUGCGGGCUACCAUGACCCGCGGAAGCGGAACCAGGCUGAGAUGAUGUCAUUAUUCAAGCUGCUCGGUGCGUUCCUAAGUGUCCUGUCAGCCGCUUUUCGAGACCACUCUGGGAACAAGAGGUUCUUCCGAUAUCGAGUCGCAGGGGGCGGAUGGGAGGCUCUCGAACAGAUUAUUGCAAGCAUCGGCCUGGGAGGAGCGGAACCCGACGCUUGGGUUAGCUGUCAUGUUUUUGGCAAGCUGCUGGCUUUCUCGCUGGACGAUGAAGCUUUGGACCUGCUCUGCCAGUCUACCGCAAAGGCCCUGCGUGCAGAUGUCGAAACCGAGACCAGCGGGGGCGACACCCCUGAAAACGACGCCGAGGAUGCAGCCGAUGAGCAAUGGGAUCUCGUGCUUGCACGCUCUGUUGGGAAUAUUGGCCCGAAGCUGCUCAGAGCUGUCGUGAGCUUCUGGCGUGCCAUUCCAAGGUCAGAGAAUUCGCCGCCAAGCCCGUCUUCCCUCAUUGUUGUAGAGACAAUCCUCAGUGCAGCAUCCGUCUCGAUUUACAACCUUGCCGCUAUCCAUUCCACCGGCGUUCUCUCUCAGUUCCUCGAGGCUGCCUUUUCUCCCGAGUCCAACUUGACGCGAGCUGAGCAUGAGACUGUCCUGGACUUGUGUCGAUUGCUUAUGCACCUUGGUGUGAACCAACCUGCCGAUGUCCAGUUCCUGCUAUCAGCACCGGGCCCCGAGGCGGCCAACUUUUUCCUAGAAAUGACAUCUAAAUACACUGGCCCUCCCUUUUUUCAGUUUGACCUCUCGCUUCAUGGCCAUUCAUCGCUGGAACUCCCGACCCUGGGCCGCCCAUUCCCCCCUCAAUCCACGGCUGGAUACACGUUUGCGGCGUGGAUACGUGUCGACUCUUUCGACCCAACGGCGCAUACCACUGUCUUUGGCGUCUUUGAUUCCUCCCAAACCUGUUUCGUGCUCAUGUAUUUGGAACGAGAUACCCACAACUUUAUUCUCCAGACUUCAGUCUUCUCCAAUAAGCCUAGCGUGCGAUUCAAGUCGGUAACGUUUCGUGAAAAGAAGUGGUAUCACGUUGCCGUUGUCCAUCGCCGACCAAAGACAAUGUCGGCCAGCAAAGCGUCUCUCUACGUCAAUGGCGAGUUUGCUGAACAAAUUCGCUGCAAUUACCCACAUAACAAGUACAACCCCGUCCAGGCAUUCCUUGGGACACCCCGCGAUCUAUCGAACCAGAGCGGCUCGGGCCUCGUCUUUUCGAGAUGGUCGUUAGCAUCUGCCUAUUUAUUCGAGGAUGUUCUUAGUGAUGAUUACAUAGCAGUUCAUCAUGCGCUUGGCCCACGGUACCAAGGCAACUUCCAGGACACCCUAGGUGGCUUCCAGACGUACGAGGCGUCGGCCAUGCUGGGCUUGCGGAAUGAAAUUGUUCAUUCUGGUAAAGACGAGAACUCUGAUAUCCUCCGAGCGGUGCGUGACAAGGCAAGCUCACUAUUACCGGAAGCGAAAAUCCUGCUUGGUAUUCUCCCGUCUGCUACCUUUCCUGAGAAUGUGCAAUAUAUUGAUACAGGUGUUCUCCGCGCUCUUCCUCGCGCAUCUACGCGCAAUCUUUUCCGCAUGUCAAGCAAAGAAGCAUCUCCAUUGGCCAUAAACUGUGCUGUUCCAAGUCUCACGGAUGCGUUGUUUAGACCACAAGGCAUUGCAUCCUUCCGAGGGACUCCGAUUGUGGCUGUUCCCUCUUACUUUGACGAGAACCUUUGGCGUCUGGCCGGUUUUACCCCAUUGGCCCUGAAGCUCCUGGAAAAGGCGACAACUGUCGAAGAGACCAUUCAUGCUAUUGAGAUCAUGUUCCACUGCAUCCGCCGGAAUUGGAGAAAUAGUGAAGCAAUGGAGAGAGAUAAUGGAUACAGCAUCUUGGGCAUGCUCUUGCCCUCCCAAGAGGAGCGAGAAAGCCUUGCAUUCCGGAUCCUUAGCCUGAUACUGGGCUUUGUCGGAUAUAAUCAUGCUGAACCCAUUGAAUCAUUCAUCAUCAACCCCUUAGCUUAUCGCAUCCUCCUGAUCGACCUGGAUAUUUGGCGCAAAUCAGGGCCACGCGUUCAGGAGCUCUAUUAUAAACAAUUCGUGACCUUUGCCGUUAACAGUAAACAUCAUGACUUCAACAGUAGGAGGUUGAUACGUAUGAGAAUUGUAAAGCGGCUGCUAGAUGCCAUGAAAGGCGAGGCCAUUUCUGAAGAAGUCGUGCCGCAAUUCAUGGGUGCUUUCGAAGCGCUCGUGAGAUCGAAUCUAAGCCAAGAAGUCAUGAGAUCCCUGUCACUUUUCAUUACGUACGCCUUUCACCUACCCGCUUCGGCAGGCUCGCGAACCCCGAGGCUGUUUUUGAACACUUCACGGUCUAGUACCCCUGGCCCCUUCAAGCGGGGGGCAGCGGAUGGAGGCGACGGCAAUGGUCUGUCCUAUGGCACAAGAAGCGUAUCGAAAAAGCAACUUGGAACCAAGGUUCUUAGCCUCUACUCUAGAAUUCUGUGCGAGAAAGGCAACUUUAACAAUAUCAAGAAGUUUGCAAAGACGGUUACGAAUAAGUGGCUGCUGUAUCUACUUGCCGAUGAUGACUCUGAAACUGUCGUCCAUGGGUGCAAAAUCCUAGCUCGCCUCCUUGUUGUCCAUGGAUCUGCCUAUACGUCAAAGUUUGCUGGUAAAUCUGGCGGGUUUACGAUUAUGGCAAGUCGACUGAAAAGAUUCUGGGAUGUCCCCCCUCUAUGGACAAUUUGCUUCUGCAUCUUGUUUGGGCAGGAUGUGGCUGAUGUCAACUUUGAUAGCAGGGCUGACUUCCACACCCUAGCUGAAAAGUUUGACAAGCGCAAGGUUGUCUAUCCUGAGUCUCUGGUUAUCAUCACAUCGAUGCUGCAGCAUGGCUUAAAGGAUGUGAUGAAAUACCAAGAAGACCCAGAUUCUCCGGCAACCAAUCUCUCGCCAUCUCACGCAUUAUCUCGACCCACCUCUGCCUAUGACUCUAGGCCUAGGGCGAGCUCAGAUCUUGUCAGAGGUGUGGAACCUAGGUUAAUACUCUCUCGAGAAAGCGUAGGGGCACAUGCCGGCUUCCUAAAAAAUGCUAUACAAGUUUUGCGAAAUCUCCAUGAGCGGUCAUCUGAAUUCCGAGACUUUGCUCUGUCAUCGGAGUGGAUUCGUUUGCUUUUGGCGGCUUUGUACCCGGUCAUUGUCAGCGCUGAUGCUGUCACUCCUGACGUGGAACUGAACUCUCGAGACUCUGCUCUGACUUUUGAGGGCAGCGAUGUCAUUAUUCGACCCAUGGGCGGUAGCUCUAUGCCAGCACCUAUCGUCAGAACGACCAACAUUGAUCUCGUGCCAUCGCCACAGUCGACGCCGCCAAAGGGAACGCCUCUUAGAAGGGCGUCAUCAUUCGUUCUCCUGACUGCCCAGAAAACUGCUUCAGAGGCAAAGCUCGCCAUCCCCGUGACAAAGCCUCUGCCUCAACAGCAAAAGAUUAUUGGCGGCAGCAGCGCCGGUGAUGCCAUUGUGGAUGGGAUCACUGACUUGGUAAUGCACGUCUUCAUGGAUCAAAUAUUCGUUCGCAAGGAGUUUUCGGGAUUCGGUCUCUUCACCAAAAUGCCUCCUGGCUUCCAGGAGCAUCAGGCAUACUUUGAAUCGUACAUCUUGAAGAGAGCGAUUGCCGAGGUAACACAUGUAAUCCAGACGAGACGCGAGGGAAUAUGCGAGCCAAGGAUUUUGACGAAUCUUGGCCGUCUUUGUACCCAUCUUUGCGAAGCAAUCUUUGAAGGAUGGUUCCUAAACGGAGCAGAAGCUAUGAUCGACUUUAAUGGUAUGCUCUUGGAAUUUUUGCAGCGGCCCGAGAUUGCGGGGUUGAAGAGCGUUCGUCUGUGCAGCCCAGCCAUAUCAACAAUACGCAGCUGUCUCUUGAGGACUAUUCUGCUCAAGCUCUCGGAUUUGGACAGUCGGGAAACCUCAGAGGCCGAGGCCAAGGAGUUUAUGAACAAGCUUGCCUACUGGCAGAUGUCCAUUUUGGGUUGCUUAGGGGCCGAUGACGAGUACCUGAAGCUGUUCUGGUAUCAGCUUUAUACAAAACUCAUCGACGAUAAAGCCUCGAUCCGCGGCGCUGCUGCCAACUUUCUCCGCAUCAUUCUCGUGCAAAAGCCUGAAGAAUCAAUUGCCUUGAUUCGAUCGUCUUCUGCACCUGAGCAGCGGCAGAUUGUUCGUGAUUUUGAAAAGUUGACAGAGAUAGACGACGAGUCAUUUGUACUUUGGGUGGACAAGCAUAGACCGGCGUUGGACAUGCUCUUUUUUGGCGGCAUGUCAAAGACGUGGGAAGAUUUUGUCAGCGCAGAGAACCAUCGCACUUUUGAGUCUGCGAAAUCACGCCUGACAAAACGCAAAGACAAACUAAAGACUUGGAACAUAGAAGUGGUCGGAGCGGAUAGAAUCCUUCUCAACCAUGAAAUCGGUAAUAGCGCAUGGAUGAAGAGCAUCUACAACGCAGAGUAUUUCAAGUAUCAGCGUCUCAUGCAAGACCAGCAAGAUGAUUUGGCUUUCCUCACGGCAGGCUAUAGAAAGAUGGAGCGAGAUCUGCAGCGGCCCGGGGCCGUGUUCAGCAUAUCCACGGCGCCAAAGUGGAAGCUGGAUCGAACAGAGGGUCGAAACCGUAUGCGUCUGCGUCUUCUCCCAGACUACCCAGUUGGCGAGGACAGAUAUCAGCCCAAGGCCAAAGGCAGUCUGCCAUCGACCAGUGCUUCUUCUGCUACAACUCCUACUACUACUUCUGGAGCUACAUUGAGCGCCGUCCCUGUUUCGCGAGACCCAGAUGGCGUCAAUGAUAACGAUUCAGCGUCUCUUACCAUGGAGCCUGAACCAGUCUCCGAUAAUCCAGAGCCUGGGCUCACGGCAGAGGAUGAUUUUGAGCUUGUUGAUGACCCCAACGAGCCAAACGAAGGCGACGAGAAUUUUGAAGACAAAAACCGCAAGGUCAUGCGGCGUUUGGAGCAUGGCGAUCAAGUGCAGGCCGCGUACAACAUAUCUCGUGUCACGGGCCUCGAGUGCGCCAACGGCGACAUCGUGAACGUGUGGCAAGCACCGCCAGAAGAGCGCGAUCCGUUUACGCAAAUCGUGACCGGUGCCAAGACGCUUGAAAAGCGGCAGAGCGCCGGCGGCCGAGAGCAAGAAUCAAGACAUUGGAAGUGGCAGGAUGUGAUUAGCGUCUCGAAACGCCGGUUCCUCUUCCGGGACGUUGCUAUCGAAAUCUUCUUCACUGACGGCCGAAGCUACCUUCUUACCACCAUUAGCACUGGACUUAGAGACGGCUUAUUUGCGAAGAUGUCGAGUAAAGCACCGCAUACCAGCGCGGCGCAUGCGCUGCCCAAUCCAGAAGAUGCGUGGAGGUUUGAUAUGCUCAAGGGGUUUGAGGACUCUCCGCAAGGUCUGGGAUCUCGGCUCGGCACCCUGUUUAACGCAUCGCCGUGGACCUCCAUCAUGAAGCGGUGGCAGAGGGGAGAAAUUUCCAACUUUCACUAUCUCAUGGUGGUAAACACCAUGGCUGGGCGAACUUUUAACGAUUUGACCCAGUAUCCAGUCUUUCCGUGGAUUCUUGCCGAUUAUACUAGCGAGGAUCUCGACCUGGAGGAUCCGAAAGUGUUUCGAGACUUGUCAAAGCCCAUGGGUGCCCAGACUGUCAACCGCAUUCAAGGCUUCAUUGACACUUAUAGUGCGCUUGAAGAAAUUGGACAGACGCCAUUCCACUACGGCACCCAUUACUCGUCUGCCAUGAUUGUCUCCUCGUAUCUAAUUAGACUGCCGCCCUUUGUGCAGUCUUAUCUUCUUGUUCAAGGAGAUAGCUUUGACCACGCAGACCGACUGUUCCAAUCGAUUGGCGACGCUUGGACUUCGGCAUCAUGUAACAACAAGACUGAUGUCCGAGAACUGAUUCCCGAAUUCUUUUGCCUCCCCGAAUUUCUGACAAACAUCAACGGGUACGAUUUUGGGCGUCGGCAAAGCAACGGUGUCCAGGUUAAUAACGUCGAGCUGCCUCCGUGGGCCAAGGGCGACCCUAAAAUCUUCAUUGCCAAGCAUCGCGAGGCGCUGGAGAGUCCGUACGUGAGUGAGAGCUUACACAAAUGGAUUGAUUUGGUAUUUGGCUUCAAGCAGCGAGGCGAGGCGGCGGUGGAGAAUCUCAAUGUUUUCCACAACCUCUCCUACGCUGGCUCGGUCGACCUUGAUCAAAUAAAGGACGUCAACGAGAGGGCGAUUUCGGCCGGUGUCAUUCACAAUUUCGGCCAGACGCCACACCAAGUGUUCCAAAAGCCUCACCCGCCACGAGAACAGCUCAAGUCGUCUGUUAAAAGGCUAGACACGGCCAUCUUCUCCUUGGUAUGCUUGCCGAAUCCGCUGCUGGAGAGCCACGAGAGGGUUUCAACACUCAUCUAUGCGCCAAAGUUGGACCGCCUGCUGUGCGCCUCGCCAUUCCGCCUCAACCUCCCGCCAUAUGACAAGUAUCUGGAGUGGGGUUAUGCAGAUAACAGCAUCCGCUUCUUCUUUGCCGACAACCGCAGGGCGGCCGGUCUGUUUGAGAACCUUCACAUUGGCCAGAUCUCUUGCGCGGCUUUUGCCGACUCCAAGACGCUUAUUACUGCAGGAGAAGACUGCGUCGUUUCUGUACAUGCUCUGCAUACGGCACCGGGCAAAGCGGUAGAGUUGAUUCCCAAAUCGAGCCUCUUUGGCCACAAGACGCCGGUGACUGCCAUUGCGGUGGGCAAAGCCUUUAGCACGUUCGUCACGGCUUCGUCGGAUGGGCAGGCAUUCCUGUGGGAUCUUAACCAACUGUCUUUUAUUCGCAAGCUACCUCUUGUGCGGCACGUAGAGUGCGCGCAAAUCCACAACGUGUCGGGCGAUAUCAUGCUAUGCUCGGGACCUAACGUGCUCCUGUACACUCUCAACGGCGGCCUUAUCCUAGAACAAAACGUUUGCUCGGACUCGGAGGACUAUGUCCACUCUUGUGCCUUUUACGAAGGCGCUGGCAACGAGUGGCUGGAGAACUACCUCAUCUUCACGGGGCACCGCGGAGGCAUCGUCAAUGUAUGGCGCAAGAGCGUGGUGGGUGGGAAAUGGACCUUGGAGCGGCUGCGACGGCUGGACCAUAUUGAUUACACGAGCGACAAGGGAGAGAACACGGCGGCCGGCAUUACUUGCAUUAGCCCGAUGCCCAUGUGUGUCUACACUGGAGACGAUGACGGGCGAGUAUAUGAGUGGAAUUUCGCUGGCAGAGACAGGUAG